CUUGAAAGCAAUCUUGCUUUCCUUUUUUGAAGACGGCUAUCAGACCUCAGUUUGUAUCGACCUUUUCGAGUUUUGACCAUGGCGCACACCGGAGUGGUGAAAAAAUACAACAGCGACAAGGGCUUCGGUUUUAUUGUUCCUCAAGGCACCAACCAGGAUCUUUUUGUGCUGCGCACCGAUGUGCUCGGUGGCUCUUUGCAAGCCGGUGACAAGGUGAACUUCGACGAGGGUUUCAACGAGCGCACGGGAAAACCCAAGGCUGUGAACGUCACGGGCGGCACUGGCCCCGUAGGAAAGGGUGAAGGAGAAGGUGGAGGUGGAAAGGGCAAAGGUAAGCGUGGCGACAAGGGCAAAGGAGGUCCUAAGCAACUGCCAGGCCUCGCCGGCCUGAAUGGUGGCCUGGCCGUUGGGCCCCUGCCUGGCUCCCCCAUGCCCUGUGGGCCCUGCGGACCUUGCGCAGGUGGCUGCGGUUUGCCGGGUGCUGGAAAGCCUAUGGCCAUGCCCGGCUCCGGCGGGGCGAAGACGGGCUUGGUGAAGUUCUUUAACGAUGAGAAGGGCUUCGGUUUCAUCAAGCAAGAUGAUGGUGGCACCGAUUUGUUUGUCCAUCGAAAUGACGUGAUCGACCAAUUGUUGAAGGAAGGCGAUCGUGUCUCGUACAGCGAGGCGGUGGAUUCCCGCACGGGCCGCAUGAAGGCGCAUCAGGUCUCUGGUGGCACUGGCGGUGCCAAGCCGCCCGAGAAGGGCAAAGGAAAAGGCAAGAAGGGAAAGGGCAAAGCGCAGUCGCCGGGACUCGAGGCGCCCCCCAUGCCAUCCUUGGACACGGGCGCGAUGGGCGCCAUGGGCAACGCCAAGAUGUCCAGCCUGGCGGCGCAGUUCGGCUGUGGCGCUGCAGGCAACGCGGGCGUGUUGAUGGGCAAACCGGGCUUCGGUGACGGUGCACCCACCAUGCCUGACGUGGGCUGCAUGGCGGGCGGCGGAUGCACCGGCUGUGGGCUCUGUGGCUGUGGAGGUUGCGGCUGCAGCGGUUGCCAGCCCUGUGGCUGCGGGAAUCUUCCCAUGGGCAGCUGUGGUUGUGGAGGUGGAUGUGGCUGUGGUGGUAACUGUGGUGUGCCUCAAAAUCUCAACGCAGCCGGCGCUGGCUGUGGCGGUUGCUGUGGCGCCUGUUGCGGUUGCAACCCCUGCGGCGCCUGUGGCUGCGGCGCCUGCGGCUGCGGGGCCUGUGGCUGCGGGGCGUGUGGCGGCUGCGGUGGAUGCGGCGGAAACUGCUUCGGCAACGCCGCUGGGGGUGGCAACACCCAAGACGUGAGCCAACUGGGCGCAAUGUACCAGAGGUUGGCCAAUGCAGGUGCCAACGCAGGCGCCGGCGCCACCGGCUUUGAUCAUGACUUCGACUACGGAGGGCAAGGAGGUACGCAGACCCUGGCCGCCCGCGCUGCCGCAGGCUGCUUUGCCAACCUCGCAGGGGCAGGUGGCGCUCUGGGCGCAACUGGCAAUCAAGGAAUGGCCGGUAUGGCCAUGACCGGAGACACCCCGACGGUGCCAGGUGGCUGCUUUGGAAACACCGACACACCCGGAAGUGCUGCACAGACGAUCAAUCCGGCCAUGUAUGAAAGGUUAGCCUCAGCGACUGCAGGAGGAAACUUCGAGGAUUACGCAGAGUAUGGAGGACAAGGCGCGGGCAACUUGGCGCGCGCCGGUGCCGGCGGCGUUGCUUUUACCAAUUUGGGAGGCAGUGCAAAUAUGCUGCCCUCCGUCUCCAAUCCCGCUGGUGGAAAUUUGCUUGGUGCCGGUGCCAAUCAAGGCGGAAUGCCGAACCAAAUGACCAUGGCCAAUAUGCAGGCAAUGGCAGCUAUGGGCCAGCCUGGUAUGUAUCAGAUGGGAAACCCCACAGGGUUGCCCACAGGUAAUGUGAGCCAUGGCAACCUGUAAGAAAAAACUGGCAGCGGUGGUGACAUCACAUUUUGAAACUGG